CUGCAGGGAAGGAAAUCAUCACUUUCUGAUGUCACCUUCGAGGCCAAGAUGUACCUUAUUUUGCAAGGGAAAGAUGGUAUUCCGGAAGUACACCGAUACGGAACAGGCUUGGAACAUUCUGGUGGAAAUGGAAGCUUCAUGGUGAUGGACCUGCUUGGUCCCAGCCUCAAGAACAUCUUCAAGUCAUGCGGAAGAAAAUUUGAUCUGAAGACAGUCCUGAUGCUGGCAGACCAGCUGGUGUCACGCUUGGAGUAUGUGCACUCCAAAGGCUUCAUCCACCGGAGUGUGAAGCCCGAAAACUUUGUCAUGGGAAUUGGCAAGCAUGUGAACCAGGUCCACAUCAUUGACUUUGGCAAGGCCAGGGCGUAUCGCGAUCACAAAUCAGGAGAUCAUAUCCCAUACCGGGAGAAUGUGAUUCUCAAAAGUGCAUUUUUCUUCACCGGCAUAAAUGGGCACUUGGGAAUUGAGAGGUCAAGGCGGGACGAUCUGGAGUCACUUGGCAAUAUGCUCAUGUACUUCUUGCGCGGCUCCCUCCCCUGGCAGGAUUCUUACACCAGCCGAAGCACACAGGGGCUAGAGAGGCUGCGUAGAAAGAUGCUAGCAACGAGCAUUAACUCCCUGUGCAGCGGCUUCCCUAACAAGUUUGCAGAAUACCUGAAGUACUGCCGCUGUCUGCGCUUCGAUGAGCAGCCUGACUACGCCUACCUUCGCCAGAUGUUCAGAGACCUCUUCCAGCGAGAAGGGUUCCAGUGGGAUGACAAGUUCUGCUGGACGCCCAAAAAGCAAGACCAGAAGCCCAGGGAGAGCGAAGACUCACUGGCGCUGGUGAAAGAAGGAAAUCUUGCUGAAGCUGAGACGGAGUAA